GGAGAGGGAGAGUGGGAGAAAAAAGGGGUCAUGAUGCUACACGUAGCCCUAGAGUUGAAAGAGUUAAGGACCCUCCCUCAUCCAGGCAUCCACCCCGUGGCUCCCCAAACCCCAAACGCGGAGGAAGGAUGCAUGAAUUGGCAGCGGAGCGGGAGAGCUGGGGUGGGGGGGCGCUGGGAUGGGAGCGAGGUGACCGUGGCCCAGCCUUGCCCAGGGCCCGUCCUCGGUGGGAAGACGCACACCGGGUCCGAGGACCUGCCGGAGCCCAGCCCCGGCGCCUGCCUUCUCUGAGCAUCACGCGUGGCCCGGCUGCGUCCGCGCAGCCCUCGCCCCCCCUCCCUGCCCCCCCCCAGCAAGUUGUCCACGGCGCCCGGGAGUGGAGGCGGCCCAGAGACCCCCGGAGCCCGGGCGAGGGGGCGGCCCGGGGCGCGGAGGCCCUCUCGGUCUGCGCCCAGCAGCAGCCUCCCGCCCGGCCCAACCUCCUCCCCGCCCCCACUCACCGGCUCAGCCCCCGGGAGGGACGCGCAGGAAGCGUGUUGCUUCGCCCGCUGAUCGGCAGAAGUUGAGAGGAGUUGUCGACUGCCUCGGCCGGCCGGACUUUGCGAGCAGCCGGCGAGGAGCCGCCGCCGCCGCCGCCGCCGCCUCCGCGGAGCCUUCGGGGCUCCCUCCCUCCUGCCUGGCCCGCAGCGCGGGUGGAGAGAGGCGGAGAGGGGGUCGCGGGCGCCACAGGAACUCGAAACUGUGUGAAGGAAUCCGAAGCCGAUGAGAAGGGAGGAAAAUAAAACAAAGUGGAGACUGCAGGAAAGACUCCACCGUGGUUGAUGGUACCGGCUGAUGCUCCAGCAGAGGGACUGGGUUGGGCUUUUUUUUUUUUUUUUUUCCUCCCAUUUUCUCUUUCUCUCUCUGUUUUAAAGCUACACCAGCUCUCUCUUUCGGCACUAUCUCCGUAUCACCAAACCCUUGCUGGCUCUUAUGGGCAUGAAACACUCCUCCCGCUGCCUGCUCCUAAGGAGGAAAAUGGCGGAGAACACGGCCGAGAACACCGAGGUGAGCAGCCCACCCUCGCAGCCCCCGCAGCCCGUCGUCCCAGCCAAGCCUGUGCAGUGUGUCCACCAUGUGUCCACUCAGCCCAGCUGCCCGGGACGGGGCAAGAUGUCCAAGCUGCUGAACCCGGAGGAGAUGACCUCGAGGGACUAUUACUUCGACUCCUACGCCCACUUUGGGAUCCACGAGGAGAUGCUGAAGGACGAGGUGCGGACGCUCACUUACCGGAAUUCCAUGUAUCACAACAAGCACGUGUUCAAGGACAAGGUCGUACUGGACGUGGGGAGCGGCACUGGGAUCCUCUCCAUGUUUGCUGCCAAAGCAGGGGCCAAGAAGGUGUUUGGGAUUGAAUGCUCCAGUAUUUCUGACUAUUCAGAGAAGAUCAUUAAGGCCAACCACUUGGACAACAUCAUCACCAUCUUCAAGGGGAAGGUGGAGGAGGUGGAGCUGCCCGAGGAGAAGGUGGACGUCAUCAUCAGCGAGUGGAUGGGCUACUGUCUGUUCUAUGAGUCGAUGCUCAACACCGUCAUCUUUGCCCGGGACAAGUGGCUGAAACCUGGAGGGCUUAUGUUUCCAGACCGGGCAGCAUUGUACGUGGUAGCAAUUGAGGACAGACAGUACAAGGACUUCAAAAUCCACUGGUGGGAGAACGUCUAUGGCUUUGACAUGACCUGCAUCCGGGACGUUGCCAUGAAGGAGCCCCUGGUAGACAUCGUGGACCCAAAGCAAGUGGUGACCAAUGCCUGUUUAAUAAAGGAGGUGGACAUCUACACGGUGAAGACGGAGGAGCUGUCCUUCACAUCCGCCUUCUGCCUGCAGAUACAGCGCAAUGACUACGUCCACGCCCUGGUCACCUAUUUCAAUAUCGAAUUUACCAAGUGCCACAAAAAAAUGGGGUUUUCCACAGCCCCUGACGCCCCCUACACCCACUGGAAGCAGACUGUCUUCUACUUGGAAGACUACCUCACCGUCCGGAGGGGGGAGGAGAUCUACGGGACCAUAUCCAUGAAGCCAAAUGCCAAAAACGUGCGAGACCUCGAUUUCACAGUAGACUUGGAUUUUAAGGGACAGCUGUGCGAAACAUCUGUAUCUAAUUACUACAAAAUGCGUUAGCACACGUGGGAGGCUGCAGAGAGCGAGCGAGCACGGAAACUCACCUCCGUCUGAGGCGCCGCCACAAGGGACCCUGUUUGCAGGACUACACGCUCCAAACCGGAGUCUGACACUCUGCCCUUGAGAUUGGUGAACUCAGCCGGCCUCCUGAGGCCCCUGCCACUGGACAGAGGGCCUCCAGCUUCUCGGCUCUGCUCUGGGGGCCCUUCUCAGAGGCUCUGUCGUCCCGACAGAGAGCCACGGCCAGCGCGGCAGCCGGGCCCCGAUGGAGGAGUCCACGCGUGUCCCCAUCGUCCUCCUUAACCGUGACUCUCGGAUCUUCAAGUUUUGCAUGCUGCAGGCAUCUAGGACAGAUUGCUUCACUAGACCCUGGAGACUAGCGUCUUUGAUAGCAUAAGCCAGACGCUGUGCGUGCGGCGGUGCGCGUGCGCGGACAGCAUACCUAUUAGUUCCUUUACCCGGCACACUGGUAUGUGCUUGCAUAUACAGCCAAGCGGUAACGUCCGUGUUCAUCCAGGGCUGUGUGCGUGUGUGCGUGCGCGUGUGUGCGUAGAAUAUAUAUUACUCUCAGAGGAGAUUCUGUUGCUUUCGAAUAGGAAUUUGUUUUGUGAUUAGUUCUCCCCCUUCCCCACCCCUUCCCAGCUAUGAAAUGUCCUCUGUACUAGCUCCGGUCUCCUUUUGACUAGACUGUGGCUCCGAACCCUGGACAUAGGACCAUGCACUCCGUGGGCGCUCAAUAAAUGCACAUGAGA